AUGUCUUCUGACAUAUUUCAGUACAAACCCCUCGAGCACCGACAUUCUUUCCGACUCCUGCAUCUGGAGCCUAGUCUCGACCACAGCGCAGAUCUCAAGGGCUGGUUGCAUCAUGCUACACUCUCUGAUUACAACUAUGACCUGAUCGAACCAUACACUUCUCUAUCCUACGUCUGGGGCGAUGCAAGCCACAAGGGCGUGAUACACCUAGGUGGUAGAGCCAUGGAGAUCACUGCCAGCCUGGAUGCUGCUCUUAGUGACAUGCGCGAUAGGAGUCGAGUUUUUCGGAACUGGGCAGAUGCUUUGUGCAUCGUUCAGUCAAAUAAUACUGAAAAGGGUGUGCAAGUCGCCAUAAUGGGGAGGAUAUACUCCACUGCGCAUCAUACUGUAAUUCAUCUGGGAAAAUCGCCUCAGGGAUUCGAGAAGCUGGUCAAAGAUCUCAAGCAAGGCCAGCCUCAAAACCUAACGCCGUUGGAGGACAUGAACAGCGGACGAUACGGUGCGUUUUUUGAGGCACCACUAUCUAAGAUUCUUUCCUGUCGGAGAGGAAUCGGAGCCACUGAUCCUCGAGAUAUCAUAUUUGGUCACUUGAAUGUUGUAUCGGGUCGAGAUAGGUGUGAUAGGUUUAUCAAGGUCGAUUACGAUAGAGAUCUUGCGCACGUGUGGGUUGAUGCUGCUCGGCAUUUCUUGGAUGCUCCAGGUAUCGAGAGUCUUCUUUUGCAUGCCAUGAACCUUUCUCCAUUCAAAUCCCCCGAGAUUCCUUCUUGGUGUCCCCGCUGGUCUAGACUAUAG